ACAGCAUACUGUUUUAUUCCAUUAACAUUCUCCCACUGCAUCACUCACUCACUCACUCACACACCCACACACAAAAAUCCCACUAUUUUUAGUUAUAUCAGCAAAUCUAAGCACUUAAUACAUACAUAUGCCUGCAUAUUCAACACUUCAAAAGCUGGCUUACACCAAAAUUAUCCAACUAAGUCUUUCAUCUCUAACAAUUACCAGCUAAGCUGGAAGAAGUGUAGUUCAUCUUAAUCUGGUUUGCACUUUCCUCCUCUAAUCUAAGUGUUUACUAAUCUCUUUCUUCCCACCUUCCAUAAAUAUGGCUUCCUUCUCUCCUCGAACCUUCCUGGUAACUAACACCUCCCAUAAUAACCAUAUAUCAUCACAAUCAACAAAUGUCAGGAUACUCCAACUACCCUACUACCAAUAUAUCUUGCUCACCCCCCAGUAAUACUAAUACUGGGGGGUGUAGCAAUACUUCCCGCUCUUCCUACAAAGGAGUAAGGCGUAGGAAGAGCGGGAAGUGGGUCUCGGAAAUCCGAGAGCCUAGGACACCCACCCGAAUAUGGCUGGGUUCCUACCCUACCCCAGAGAUGGCUGCCGUGGCCUAUGAUGUUGCGGCCCUUGCUCUCAGGGGCCCCGGCACCCAGCUUAAUUUCCCUGAGUCGGCAUCUUCCUUGCCUAUCCCACACUCUACUACGCCAAGGGACAUUCAGGCAGCUGCCGCCUGUGCAGCAGCAGCUGCUGGUGCGGCUGCUGAUGCAUUGAAUUUGGAAAAGAGGGAAAAUCUAGGGGGUGAAGAUGAUGGUGUUAGUGAUGAAGAUAAUAAUGGGAAAAAAAGUUAUGAAGAACAUUUUGUGGAUGAAGACUUGAUAUUUGAUAUGCCUAAUGUGUUGGCAAAUAUGGCUCAAGGAAUGCUCCUUAGCCCUCCUCGCUUGGAUGUGCCUACUUAUCUUGAUGAUGAUGAUGUUGGCAACUCAUAUGGAGAUCACAACCUUUGGAAUUAUCCUUGAAAUAAACCAUGCAUCUUAUUAAUUAUGUUAACAAUAAUGAUUUUUAAAAAAUGAACCACAAAGAUCAUAUAUAUUCCAAAAGUGAAUUAUGAACAAUCAUAUAAUACUGUGUGUUAUAUAUAUGUAUUAUAAGUGCUUGUGUAUAAUAGUGCAUGCAGUAGUAUCAUAAUAAAACUAUCAUGCACUUCA